AUGGUUGCUCGGCAGUCCGUGAUGGAGCGUCGGGACAUCAUCCUGACGGCUAUUCUGGCGACUCUGGCGUUGGUCGUGGCGGCCGUGGUGGUCAUUUUCGUCUACUUUUGGUGCCGACGGAACCGACGACUGGAGCGCAAAACCUGCGGCGGCACUGCGUGUCAGCGGGAUGCGGAAAUGGGCGAGUCUUUGCACGGCGCCUCUUCGUCGUCAGCCGCUGCGCCGACUUUCUCGCCCCUGGUCAAGGUCGACACUUCCCACCUCAACGGCACUCUGAACCUCAAGACCCCGCUUAUCUCCACUAAAUCCAUCGGGAACCAGUUGGGCGUGUGUCGGCCUCAAGGCGGACCCAAUACUCCGGGCACACCUGGGUCUGGGAUGCCCGGGUCGUCGAAAACCGAGCAGCACCCAGCAAUGGCGUUUUGGCAGGCAAAAUCCAUGUCACUUCUGGACAUGUACGUGGACACGUCAGAGCCGACGGAUGCCGUGGGUCAGAUUCAAUUCAGCCUGGAGUACGACUUCUCUACCUCAACACUGAUACUCAAAAUUUUCCAGGACGAAAGACCCUGGUAG